ACGGACGCGCGGAGCUCGCGCUCGUUUGAUUUGCAACACGCGAUACGAUAACGCAAACCGAGUAAAUCGAUCGUGUAAUAACAGUUACUUAUACAAUGACAACAGUUGUUCGUAAUUAUUGAGAAUUUGUUUAUUUUUGCGAUUAAAAUUUGUGUGUGCAGUGCCGGCGGGACUUUGUUUUUUACACGUGAUUGAAAGGCUUCAUCGUGGAUCUGGAACUGCACCAACGUGCCAGCGGCCACUUCAUGAGUGCCGCUGGUGCGAUGUGUGACCGGACCGGCUUCGGGAGCUCCAUGGGGCACUUCCCAAUGGGCCCCAUGUCUGCCAUGGGAGCCAUUGGGACCAUGGGCUCCAUCUCCGCCAUGAACGGGCCCCAACAGAAGAAAGUUCAGGAGGAACAUAUUAAAAGACCCAUGAACGCCUUUAUGGUGUGGUCCAGGCUACAGAGGCGGAAGAUUGCCCAGGACAACCCUAAGAUGCAUAACUCUGAGAUUUCUAAGAGAUUAGGUGCGGAAUGGAAGCUCCUCUCAGAAGACGAAAAGCGUCCCUUCAUAGACGAAGCGAAGCGAAUCCGAGCGAUGCACAUGAAGGAGCACCCGGACUACAAGUACAGGCCUCGGAGGAAGCCCAAGACCUUGAGGAAGGAGGGGUAUCCCUACUCCAUACCGUAUCCCAGCGUGCCUAUGGAUGCGUUGAGAGCUGGUAUGGCCGGCGGAGGCAUGGGACAAGCCAUGGGCGGGUACUACGGAGCUGCGUACGGGCCGCUCGGAGCCAGUAUGGCUGCGGCGGCCGCUGCCGCUGCUCAGCAAAAUGCUAUCAAUGCUGCGUUAACUCCUAAUCCACAGGUCGGUUCUUCAAUGGACAUGUCAAAAUACUCCAUAGAGGCUGAGAAGUACCGCAGCUACGGUAUGUACCCCGAUCCGUCGCGCGGCUACCUGGUGGACUCUGCAGCCCUCUCCAAGGCGUACAUGUACAUGGACCAACAGCAACAGCGGUCCUACCCCGUCGACAUCAGCAAGAUGUACUCAGAAGCCUCAGCCGCAGCCAUGGCAGGGCUCAGCUCCGUCAACUCAGCCCCCUCGAGCCUGUCACCCCGCUCCCCAGCCGAGUCCCCAGACAUGACCCCCAAAGCACAAGACAGGACUGAAGGCUCCUCAUCCUCAGGCUCAAACCCCUCACCGUCCCUCCCCUACUACCAAGGAUCCUCAAGUAUCCACAUGCCGCAAUACCCAGGGCAAUAUCCCCAGAGUACUCAAGGAGGACCAGAGUUCCGACGACCCCUCACCGUCAUAUUUUGACCUGAAACCUAGUUUGUUGUUGUUGAGUUUUAUUUAUUCGUUUAUUUUUAUAGUUUUUCGACUGCGAAUUAUUUGGAGGUUAGUUUUAGUUCCAGUUCUUGGAACGCAGAUAUUAUUGUGGUGACGAAAUUCGAUAUUAUUAUUCGAUGUGAAUUUAAAAGAUUUGAUUCUAUUAUUAUUAUAAUAAAAAGACUAUUAUUCAAUUCAAAAGAUAAAUGUUUUUAUUUUUUAUAUUCCAAUGCGAGUUUUCACGGACUAUUGAUUUCACUCGAUUUUUUAGUCUUUUUAAACGAGUGUUGAACUAUAUUUUAUUUUAUUUUGUGCUCCAAAGUUCCUUCUUGAUUUCUUCGGAAAUAAAUUAAAGUUAUUAGAAAUUAUUAUGUGUAUAGGAAUACGUACUUAUCUGUACAUUGUGAAUAUAGUUAGUUGUUAAAAAAUAGGAGCUGUUUCUUUAUCGAUAAAAAAGUUUUGUAAAAAUUCAUCUCUAGCAAAAAGUUAUUCUUUUUAUUGUAGCAAACUGGUCCAAAAUUAAAAUGUAUAGUCUCAUGAAUAGUCGGAAGGCUGUGCUGGUAUUUGGCAGUUCUAAAAAUAUACAUACUAAUGAAUAGCAGUUUUCUCACCUCAGAAUCACGUCUUUGGUAGUCAGACGGGAAAACACGUAGUAUUGUCUAAAUUGCACCAAAAACUUGUUUAUCGAUAAAAAAUGUUUUUACCAAAAUUAUUGUGAUAAUAAUACAAGUUACAAUUCUAUUAUUAUCACAAUAAUUUAUUGGAUUUAAAAGUCCGAAAAUUAAUUACAACGACUUUUGAUAUUAUUUGUAAAUAUAGUUAAAUAAUUAAUAAUUGUUAUAUUUUUGUCUUUAGAUUCGUACGUGUCAUUUUUGUAAAAUAAAAAUGUUUAAAUGUCAAAACUGCUUUAGAAUAUUGUGAAUUUCUGUAACUGUCAUUUUUGAAAACGAGCUUGUUCUGCUUUUUAUUAUUUUCAAUAAUUAUUGGAUCUGAUUCGAAUUGAUAAUAUAAUUUUUAUUUUGCUAAUAUUUUUAUCCUUUUUUUUAUAAUAAUAAUUGUUGUUAAAAACUUAAACUUAAAUAGAUGUUGUUAACCCGUAGUUUUUAGGGCAGAUUAUUUUAAAUGGUUCCUUGUUUAAAUAAUAUUUACUUGUAACAUUCCUAAAUAAUUAUAAUUUAAAAUGAAUCUGUCGUUUGUAACCAUGGGGUCCAAAGCUUAAAUUUCAAAGUUUUUACACCAAUUAUUGUUGAAGUUUGAUUGACCAUUAUAAUCCAUUAAUUACCUAUAUAUUUUUGAUUAUCUCAUUAUGCUCGAAAUAAAAAAGUCAUUUAUAUUUUGAUCCAAUUUGUUACUGGGAAAACUGUUGGCCAUUUAACUUCAAUUUGCAUUUAUAAGUUGCCAUAUAAAAUAUUAAUUUUCAUUUUGUAUUAUUGCAACCCAGUUUCGAAUAUAUCCUGUAAGUUAAAUACAAAUUAACGUUUUAAUCUUUAUAUUUAGGAACAUAAAUUGUAAUUUAUGGAAAAAUAAGCGUAUUUGUAAAAAUAUGUUGUAAAUUAUAGUCGAUUGUAAUGAUGGGACUAUUAUCUCGAAUAAAAAAUAAUAUACGUAAUUAAAAUAAUUA